AUGAUCGAACGAAACAGUUACAGGUGGUGGUUGGAGAGGAGGAUCGGAAAGGAGAGGGCGCCGUUCUUGACGAUCGUCUCUCUGCAGCUGCCGGAAUCCCCGAUCCCCCUGAUCGAGCAGGCGAGCGCGCGAUCCAGGGGCGCGGAAACCCCCGGCGUCGAGGAGAGGAGAGUGGUCGGCUCGUCGGAGGAGUUGGAGCGCGGUGGAAGGAGGAGGGAGCGUGGUGGAAGGCGAGCAAGGGGGGAGGGGUUGUCGGAAUGCGCGAAAGGAGCUCGACCAACCCUCGAAGAAUGCAGCUCGAAGAACGUUGUCGAAGCUGCGAGACGCGCGCGAUCAUCGAAGCUCCAUCGAGACGUGGCGACGAGAUCCAUCCGUGGCGAGGUUGGGGUCGGAGAGGAAUCGCGAGGCUCCAGCCCGACGACGACUCGCGACACCAUACGGAUCGCGAUGAGGCGGGAUAGGUGGAGGAUGGAGAACGGGGAGGAAACGGGAGGAAAGGAAAGAUCGAGGGCGGAAACGGAUUGCGGGAGAAACGUAGUCGAGACGGCGAGGAAGGAGCCGAGGGCCGAGGAGGAAGAAGACGGAGUUGCGAACGACGGGUUGGAUUUCACGUUGAAUUGCAGCAGCGUGCGACUGAUGUAUCGCGACCCGAGGCACGGGGCAAGCUGGGGUGAAAGGCGACAGAGAGCGGAAACGCGGAAUUAAUCUGCGCGAGCUUUGUUCGGGAAUCGUUCGAAAUUCGUCGCUGGACAAUGGAGGUCGUUUAAUUGUUCUUUCGAAUGAAAAAUGUUUCUGUUUCAAAAGGGGGCGUGUCGUCGUCGUCGUCGUAAUGAAAAACUUGGAUGGAAAGUUAAUCGAGGAAAAAAAAAGAAAGAAAAUUAUUAUAUAUAGCCCCCCUCCCCAGUCUACCGUGUUUACGAAACGAUUUAAAAUACGAUAUUUCAAUAAGCGUAGGAAUUUCAAUUCGAAGUCUCGGCUUCUCGUUAGAUUUUCGAGAUAUUCCGAGUGAUUUUCCCAGAUACCGCGAACCACGGCGCGUAUUAAAUAUUUUCGAAUGUUGAUCGCGCAAAUUGAAUAGAUGAAUAAGUGAGAAAGAAAGAAAGGGAAGGCGAAUUCGACGAUAUUCGUGGACAACGCUCGUACCAAAAUUGUGAAAUUUUUCGAUUUUUUUCGAUGAAAAAAUACGAUCGUGACGAAACGUGGAAUUAUGGCGGCCGAGGAGCGCGGCGUCCAAGCAGAAAGGAAUCCGGCCGUGAAAAGAAGGAUCGAUCCCUCAUCGCGGGAAGAUCCGAAUUAAAGGAAUUCCUGCGCUACGAUCGCGUCGAUGCCAUUAGGCCAAAGGCUUCCUCUAUUUCUUCCACGGUGAAAAAAAAGACGGGAAGAUGAUCGCGGCGGAGGAAAGUUUUGGGGGCCGGCCGAAACCAUGAAUCUCUCGCGCUGUAAUAAAUCGCGAAUCGUUCCCUUCAUUUCCACGAAACGCACACCAACGUGUACGCACACUAUCGCGACCGCGCCCAGUUAGCCUAUUAAUUAGCUCGCCUAAUAAAUCGCGACUGGCCCCCCCGGCAACGAGACAGAGAGAACAGUUCAGCCCAAACUUCUCUCUCUCUCUCUCUCUCUCUCUUCGACUCCGUCGUCGAAAGAAAGAAGAAGAAGAAGAACCAAAACACGCGCACGAAGAAGAAGAAGAAGCGUACGAGUUUCGUCUCGCGGUGGACCGAGCACAAGAGAUGAGAAUCUCGAAUCUAGGCUGGCCCCUUGGAAGGCCAAGCCAGCCCAAACCGGGUGAGAGAAGUUGGCCAGCUUCUCUCCUCUCUCCUCGUCCCUCCUUCCUUCUCUCUUCCUUUCCCUCUCUAGUAUCUUCCCCCUCCCCCACCUUUCCUCUUCAACGCCUGCUCCCUGCUCCUCUCCUCGCAUUUUUAU